AUUAUUGAUUACUGAAGUUUAUGUUGUUAGUUUUUACUGAUAAGCAAGAGAGAUAUGACAGCGCCCUGCUGUUGGUUACCGCCUGAUUUCGCAGUGGCAUAAUUCAAUCGUUCUAGUACCAUCUGUGACGUUGUAAAGAACGCAGAAACGAAAAGAUUGCAUAUCGCAAUGUGCAGUCAUUGCAUUCAACUAGAAGAUUUUGGCUUAUCUGCAAAUAUGAACAAUAUUAGUUUCCGCAAAGCUUUAUUGUCCUGUCUUAUCUUGACAGGUAUUUUUUCCCUUAUAUUUGUUUGUUUGAAGAAUAUCUAAAAGGUAAGGGGAAACAUGUUAUGAUACCAUUCAGGUAACCAUGAAUAACCGACCAGUUGAGCGGGAAUUAACAGUACGAGAAGAAGCAUAAAAUUAAUUUUACAAUAGAAAAAACUCUUUGUUCUUCAGGCACUGUUUCAACCCUAUUUUUCAUCGCAUGUGUUUGUCACAAACAGAUCAUCGGGUACCCAAAACUUUUUCCAAUUGCUGGAAAAUCCCAAUCCUGAUUUUGCUUUAAGUCUUAAACAGGCUAGGGCAUUUUAGAUUUUCUAGGGUUAAAGCUAAUACGCCACUUCGAUCGCGGAACAGUCAAGGCCUCAAAAGUCAUUAUAAAUAUUAGGUAAAGUGAGGCCCAUAGCUACAGGGGGACACCCCCUUGUUGUGACACCCCCUUGUGCGGUUUGACACCCCCUUGAAAAAAUUCCAUUGCAAAAAAGAGGAGUUUUUGCCAUAUAGGGUUGCUUAGUCGGCAAAUUUCCAAACUUGUCGGCAAAUAAAUGAUGGUUCACCAACUAUGUUGGGACAUGGCCUUUUUACUUACAUUGACCCUUUAAUCGAGCAUAUCUGAUAAUAUGCGGAAAAAUUACAAUUCAGGUCAGCUCAAAAUCUUCUGGAGCAUCACCCUUUUCGUCCUUACCGCCCAAAAUCUCCAGCUCAAAUAGGAAGGUACUAUUGAAAAAAUUUUGUAUUGGAUGCUCUUAUGCAAAUCAUGGCUUUGCGUUUUUCUUUUUGACAUAUAAGACAAAAUGCAGGCUGGUGUUUUAAUAAGGCAACUGUUAAUAAUUGUGAGCAAAGAAAAUUCAGACAAUCAGCAGUCAAUAUUAUUAACUUUUCACUUUCGAAAGGUGCAUUUUGAAUCAUCGGUGAAUCGUGGAUGUCGUGUCGUAUGCUGUUUUCAAGUAAAUCCAAGAGUUAAUUUUCUGGCUUAAACCUCUUACCAGUUGAAUAAGAUAAAAGAUCCGUCUAACAUCAACAAGUUGGAGAGCCUUGCAAUUUCCGAUCCUGAUGAUUAAGUCUUCCAAGUAACUCUAGGAAGAGGAGCCGUUGAUCAUCUCUUUCUCGUUGGAAUUCAAAAAACGCUCAAGGACAGUUUCGGUUUAACGGCAACUUACUUAAUGGACGUUUGUGUGGGAUAGAGAGGAUUUUCAAUGAUAAAUGACUGCAGAACGUUACAGGAAAACAAUGGCGUAUUUGUUCUGUUUGGCUGAAUGAAUGGAAGAUUUGAUAAUAUUGUGAGAUAUCAAAUAAAACAAAAAAUUUGUAAAUGAUGACGAACAAAGCUUCUUACGUGCUCAAAAGUAUGACAACAACCGAUGAAAAGCAGAAGAGGAUAGACGAACUGCUGGUGAAAGCUGUCGAGCACCAAUCUGUCAAUGCAGUUGCUUUGCUGCUCGAUAAAGCAGUUGAGGGCUGUAAAGAAAUUGCAGGGAGGCAGAAUUUAAUGAUGGAAUCGGGUAGUAACGAAGAUUUUCUGUCAUCUAGUGUCUGUUUUAAGUGGAGGACAAGGACUAACGUCCGAGCUUUGAUUCUUGCUGCGAAGAUGGGCAACUAUGCGUUGAUAAAGGUAUUCUUAUCGCGCGGCUUUACUAUCUCAAGACCGCAUGACGUUGCAUGUAAGUGCUGGCUGUGCAAAGAUGACGCUCUCGAACGCACGAAAAGCCGUAUGGCUAUUUACAGUGCGUUGAGCAACCCCGUGUGGUUAUCGAUAACGAGCACGGACCCGUUUACGACAGCAUUUACGAUGAGUCAUGCAUUGGGGCGUCUCGAACGUAUAGAGGAUUCAUACGAAAGCGUCUUUACGAAGUUGAAUGCGCAAGUCCAGACUUACUGCAUGGACCUUCUUGACUGUGUUGAAACGUCCCAAGAACAAUUCAGUUUAAUUAACAUGACUGAAUAUGAUGUUCAUAGCGAAAAAGACGUUUUUAAGCGAAAAUGGUCACUAAAGCUUAUUAAGCUCGCUGUCAAGUUUAAAUUGAAAAAGAUCGUAGCUCACCCAAUACCACAGCAUGCAAUCGCUACCUUGGUUUUUAACAACAUUCCAAGAUGGCGUGUUGGUGGAUCAGUCUAUCGCUUCAUGUAUGUCGUCACCAAAUCUAUCUUGUACCCAUUUACAUCAUUGGCCUAUCUUUUCUUUCCUUGUACAAGCUUUGGAAGGUCUUCGCAAGAGCCAGUUGUAAAAUUCAUCAACGGAGCAUCUUCCUUUGUGACAUUUUUGGGUCUGCUUGCCCUUAUAUCUGCUCUACCAGCAUCUGGUCUGAGGAUUGGCAAAACUCCAUCGUUCCUAGAAUGCGUUAUAUUCAUAUGGCUUAUAAGCCUUCUUGUCGCGGAAAUCAAUCAGCUAUAUCAAGCUGGAUAUAAGAGAUACCUCUCCAGUGGCUGGAAUUUGAUGGAUAUGUCGAUGAUAUUUUUCAUGCUCACGUCGUUCUGCAUUUGGGCCAUUUUGUAUUUUGUGGAGACACCAGCCAACAGAAAUCUUGCUAAAACGGCCAGAAGUAUAUCCAAUGGAAUUUUUACAUGUGCCACCAUUAUGAGCUUUUUCAGACUGGUUUAUUUAUGCCAGAUAGCAAGGUUCCUUGGGUUAUUGCAGCUGUGUUUGGGGAAAAUGAUAGAAGUGAUCUUUCAAUUUGCUUUUAUAAGCUUUGUCGUUCUUUGGUCGUUUUCUGUUGGUAUGGUAUUCCUUCACAAUUCAUUGCACGUUGAGAUGCCUAAAAGCAGUGACACGAUGACCUUUGCGAACAAAUCUGAAGUACAAGUUGUAUUGAGCAAAGGAUUUACAGGACUACCAGCAACUGUUGUAACCCUUGCUUGGGCAAGUUUAAACAUGGUCGGGCUCCAAAGCUUGGAAGAAUUCAACGAUGGGGGUGUUGUUUAUCUCUGGAGCGCCAUGCUUUUUACUCUUUACUACGGAGUAUCAAUGAUAGUCUUAUUAAACAUGCUGAUAGCAAUGAUGAGCAAUUCUUACCAACAAAUUAAGAAUAACAUUGAAGUUGAACACAAAUAUGCAAAGACGCAAUUGUGGAUUGAUUAUAUUGGCUAUGAAAAUUUUCUUCCAUGUCCUUUUAACCUUAUUCCAACAUGGAAAUUCCUCAAAGAUGUUUUUACCAAAAUUUGCAGAAAUGAUGAUAGAAAAUCAACGCAAAACAGAGAAGAAGAUGUUCCUACAAAUUACGAGGAAACCGUUAAAAAGUUAGUGAAACGUUAUCUCAUGAAGAAGCAUAGAAUAGAUCUGGACCAGAAUUAUGGCUACAAUAGCAACAUGGCUAGAGAAGAAAAUUCUGAAAUCAUUGUUCGUGUUAAAAGAUUUCUAGACGAGCUAAAUAGAGAGCGAGCUGGACUCACACAAAGGGCUACAAGCUUUGAGGAUUCUGGCUUAGACAUUUCGUUCAACGGUGAACCCAGCAUUGGACUGGAACACGUGUAAAUAAAACUUUUGGAUAUUAGGGAUCAGUGACAAGCAACUUUUUGUUCGCACUAAGAAUUAGUAUAAAUUGGCAUAGUAUCAUGAAAGUUGACUUCAAUUGCCCUGUGAUCUUUUUCUGGUGCCCUGUUCUCUUUUUCUGGUGUCGAAGCUAAUGUAUAAGGUAGUUGUCUGCACAAAUCUUCAUAUCUGUCUGCGGCUGUGGUUGUCAUAUGAAACAGCCAGGUUGCAGGUAUGAGCAUAAGUAAGGUGGUAUCAUUCUAUUUGGUAUGACAUCAAAAUUUUAAAAAUUAUGAAGAAUGAUAUGUAUUAUUGCUAAAGUCAUAAGAGUAAAUUUUACUGUAUGAAUUUUUUCGAGAGUAAUCUUUCUUCUUUUUCUGCUUCUCCUUCUUCGUCUUCUUGCAUUUACUUGUGGCCUAUUCUUCUUAAUUUUUGUCUGCAUCUGCAUUCUUUUGUUCUUCUGAUGGUUCAUGUUUACCGUUUUCUUCUUCUCUUUCUCUUUCCUUUUCUACUCCUUUUCCUUUCUUAUUCUAUCUACUCCUUUUUCUUUUUCAUCUCUGGCCUUUUUCUGAUUCAUCCAGUUAUCAAUGUUUAUGUUUUAUCUCUUCCUCGCCUUUAAUCUCUUCCUCGUCUUCUUCUGCCUUUUCUUUUACUUCUUGGAUUUCGAGAUUUUGUAAAAGAUGUUAAUUCUCAGCUUUGUGCUCUCAAAUGUCUUCAAAUUACAGCACAGUAUCAAACAGCCACGUAGCUGCAGCCUCAUGUGCCCCCUAAAUGAAAAUUUUGACAAAAACCUGCCCCUUCUGGGUACAGUUUUUCCAAAUAAUAUUUUGAAAAAUUGGCAUAAUAAAAAUUUCGCUAGGUUAUUGCUUUGGCAAGGGGGGAUACUUCAUUUCUGAAAAGUAAGCAACACUAAACCUGUUUAAUUUCAAAAUAUUCCAUGUCUUGAAAUAUUCAAAUGUGGUGUGUGCAGCGGCGUCACAGAAUAGCGAGAGGUUGCAUGUAGAGCCACUGCAAGUUCAAAUAGAACAACGACAUUAAAAACAAGAUUUUGCUGGAGAAUUAUGAAGUCGCUGCUCCAUUUCUGAUUAUGAUACACAGUGCAGCAAUGGCGUGCGAUUACGGCAAGGGGUGGAUGCCUUUCUUCAUCUAUGACGUACAUUGUUGCCCAAAGAAAGCGACAUUGCACUCUUUAUAAGAACAACUUUAUAAGAACACGAUUAGCCAAAAUUAGUCAAAAGUUAAGAACAAAUUAAGAGAAAGCUGAGGCUGAGCUACUGUAAAAUGCAAUUUUUUACAACAUUUUAUCUCAAAAACGAGAACUUUUAGCCAUGUGUAGCUGCUUUUUCGGUGAAUGUCCAAACUUUUCGGCAAAUGAAAGUUUUCUCAUUCCACUAACUUUGUUUGCAAUAAGGCCUGAAUACUUCCCUAGAGCGAAAAAGCAAGCAACCGCACUGCUUACACCCUAAUAAUUUAAGAACAAAUUAAGAACAAUCCAGUCUCAGAUUUUCGAAAAAACCAAGAACAGUCAGCCUGAACUUAAAUUUACUGAUUCUUAUAUAAAUAGAGUGCAGCACACCUUUUCGUCAGAGUGUCCUGACUCACCUUGUUUCGAAAACGCCUAACUAGAGCUACUGUAUAUCUUUCGUGGAAUUUUCAACUAAGUGGCCACGAAAAACUUGCUUUUUGCUAUUUUGACAUUUUAUAAUUGAUUCAUUUUUCUAUUUUUGACUCAAAGUUGCUUUGUAACCCUUGUAAGCUUGAUUUAGUCCAAACAUGUUUGUUUGUUAUUUAUUUGUUUUUUUAUGUCAAAAGCCUGCCCCCCUCAGGUAUGGUUCUUACUCGAGUUUACUCACCCCAGCCGAAAACCAAAGCUUCGUAGUUGGUAAUAAACGAAAAAUUUUCAGGAAAGCAUAAUUUAUUUUUAUUCGUUUAUGUUGGAGAGAGGAGCCUGUCAGCUUUACAAAUGCGAAGAUCAUUUCAGAUUACCAGAUUUUUGAAGGAAAAGGCAUUACA